UGUAAGUUUAGUUUUUCUUUUUUAAUGUGUGAGUGAGUUGUGUAUUUCUGGCUAAGGUUGCCAUGCAGAGAGUGAUGCAGUCGAAUGUGAGUACUAGCGCCGCUACUACCAGCUGCGACGGUGGCUUUACUUCGUGCAAAGCGGAGGAGGUUAUGAUCUCCGAUCAGUUCCCGGCUGGAUUGAGGGUUCUGGUUGUAGACGAUGACUUUACUUGCUUAAGAAUUCUCGAGCAGAUGCUUCGCCGUUGCCAUUAUAUCGUUACUACUUGCUCCCAAGCCAAAGUUGCCCUGAACCUUUUACGGGAGAGAAAAGGGUGUUUUGAUGUGAUACUAAGUGAUGUUUAUAUGCCAGAUGUGGAUGGUUAUAAACUCCUUGAACAUGUUGGGCUUGAAAUGGAUCUUCCAGUAAUCAUGAUGUCGGCUGAUGGGAGAACGAGUGCUGUUAUGAAAGGAAUUAGACAUGGGGCUUGUGAUUAUUUGAUUAAGCCCAUACGUGAGGAAGAAUUAAAGAAUAUAUGGCAGCAUGUUGUUAGGAAGAAAUGGAAUGAGAAUAAAGAACUAGAACAUUCAGGGAGCUUAGAUGAUGCUGAUCUGAAUAAACGAGGAAAUGAUGAUGCUGAAUAUGAUUCUUCUGUCAAUGAUGCAACUGCUGCAUCACUGAAACCUCAGAAAAAGAGGAGCAAUACAAAAGAAGAGGAUGAUGGUGAAAUUGACAAUGAUGAUCCAUCCACAUCAAAGAAACCACGGCUCGUUUGGUCGGUGGAGCUGCAUCAACAAUUUGUCAGUGCCGUAAAUCAGCUGGGGGUUGAUAAGGCUGUUCCCAAGAGAAUUCUUGAGCUGAUGAAUGUGCCUGGCUUAACCAGAGAAAAUGUUGCAAGCCAUUUGCAAAAAUUCAGACUAUACUUGAAGAGAAUAAGUGGAGUGGCUCAACAAGGUGCUAUUUCUACUCCACUUUGUGGGCCGGUAGAACCAAAUGUCAAAAUUGGUUCACUUGGGAGAUUUAACAUCCAAGUAUUGGCUGCCUCUGGACAAAUUCCUCCACAAACCUUAGUGGCCCUCCAAGCUGAGCCGCUAGGUCGAUCAACUGGUAAUUUAGUUAUGGCUAUGGACCAGCCAGCUCUUCUUCAAGCAUCCCUUCAAUGGCCCAAGUGCAUUAAAGUUGACCAUGGUAUCACAUUUGUUCAACCUUUUGUAAAAUGUGAAUCCAGCAGUUCCAUACACUUCCCACAAUCCUUUGCACCUGUUGAAGAUGUUACUUCCGGAUUCAAAGCAUGGCUCUCUAACAACAUCCCUACAGCAGGACCCGGUAAUAAUGGAGGGUUAAGUUCCCAGAAUGGUAACAUGCUUAUUGAUUUGUUGCAGCAACAACUCCAGAAACCACAGCAGCAAUCUACUGUUCCCGAGCUUCGCUGUUCGAUCAAUGUGCAGCCAUCUUGCCAUGUUGCACCCUCUCAGUCGUCUGCUAGUUUUCAGGCAGUAAAUAAUCCUGUUUCUGUGACACAGAAUGGAAGCUUUAGUAGAACUGCUGUUAUUGAUUACAAUCUUCUUCCGUAUCAAUCAAAUUGUUCUUCAUUGAUUACUGGACAAGUCUCUAAUGUGAAUGUCCAAUCUACUGGUGUUCUUAGUGGGUAUAUACCCCCUGCUUCUGUUUCUCCUUCUGUUUCAUCCUGCUCGGUAAAUGCUGACAAUUGUGCCAGUCAGCAAGUUCAAACCUCAAGCAUGACAUUUAAAGCAUCCAGGAAUUUGCCAGGAUUUGUACGUAGCACGAGUAAUGUCCACGAUCCCAACGGUUCUACCAAGCCUGGAGAUUUGCUUGAUCAAGCACCUUUUAAUAAUCUUGGAUAUAUUAAUAAAGGGACUUGCCUCCCUGCCCGGUUUGCUGUUGAUGGGUUUCAGUCAUCUUUGAGUAGCUCUAGCCAUGGAAAGGUUCUUUGUGAGAAUAUUGGUACCAGAGUGAAGCAGGAGCCGAAUAUGGAGCUUGGGGAUAAAGCGAAAGUGGGAAUACAAAUGCUACAACAUUUUCCUCCACAUGAUCUCUUGAGUGUUUCCACUGAAUAGGUCCAAUGAAGCACAACCGAGUCAUGCCAGCCUAACCCAGCCAAGCAAGCCCGAUUUGGGCUUGAUCCAACCCAGUAAAGAUUAGGGUUUUGUGAACCCUGAAGCAAUAGGACAAGAGAGCCGCGAGUCACACCGGUCAAACAAGGAACAACCGGCGAAACGGCCGGCGUAGUGCAUGAGAGCAUGAAAUCCCGUUGAAAACAGGAUUACAACAACCCACAACAGCCCGGUUAAAUCGGAACGGGGGAACGACCCCGAAACAACCGAAAACGGCCCCGACGGCCCCCCCUAUAAAUGCCUACAACGGAGACAACAACCACACAAGAUUAAACCACAAGGAAGCAUACACAAUAAAUCGAAGCAAACCAAGCCAAGUAACAAAAAGAAAACGUUUGAAAAAACCAUCAUAAAAAUUCAAACUUUUCGUCGAAGGCUACUAGGCGGGGAGGAACACGGCGCGAGGAAACCAAAAGACGCCGGAAAUCGUCGGAAAAAAGUAAACAUCGAAGCUAUUUUAUCUGAUCUACAACACUAUGCUGUUCUGAAUCUUUAUUUUUUUUUAAAUGCUUAUUUCAACAAACAUCAGGUUUAAGUGUGGGAUGGGAUAUUUUCCAUAUUUAUGGAAAUCUUGGAAAACAAAAUUGAAAAAUAAACAUGUCUUGGACACAACUGUGUUUGGCACUCGCAUCUAAGUCCGAGCAACAUAAGUAUAAUUUCCCGGAGCACUAUGAAAAAUGGGUGUUCAUCUUGUGGUUAGUAUUUUUUGAAGCCUCCCAUAAGUAAGAGUCGUUAUCCUGCUUCUUUUUAGAACACUAAUGGCAUGCAUUUAGACAAUGUUUAGUAUUUGAGAAUUUACUGAAUCCAGUGCUGGUGCUCUUCUAAUACAUGUUUGCUUUGUGUGGUGAGAACAAAUACCUUAUCUUAGUUUUCUGUGUCGUUAGAGAUGAUCUUGCAGAGCCAGGUGCUGGGAAAGUUUACAGUUGAAGUCUAAAUUUUUACUAUAGACAGUAAUUCCUGUGAAGCUACUUGGUAAAUGGAAAUUCCAAAAGAGCAGGAACUGUAUUCAGCUCUUUUUGUACAUUUCGGGUGACAACGUAGGCAUUACUCUAGAACGAUUAUGUGGUAAUUAGUCUGCAGGAAAAAUAAGUGGUGUAAAACAGAUAGCUUGUAUGUAUUUAUGUUCAAAUAUGAUAGCAUCUUGCCAGCAUUAUUGUGCAGA